AUGAGCAUCCGCCACGCUGCGUGUGAACCUUGUCGGCGAGCCAAGCUGGCUUGCGGCCACGAACGGCCCACUUGUGCCCGGUGUCGCAGCCGCGACCAGAUCGACCUCUGCAUCUAUCGAGCUCGGCCAUUCCGGAGAAAGAGUCCCAGUGACCGUAUGAGAGAGCAGAGACAAUCGAUCCGUGUAGACGCUCUGACCACUCCCCCCUUGGAUACUUCACCAAUUGCAGAGGUCCUCGGCGCUUCUUCGUCUCGUCUCCGUCGAUACCCCAAUCCUGGCUAUCUUGGCGAUGUGAGUCAUGCCAACAUCUUUAACCAAGUGUCUUCGCGGGCCCCUUCAGGGGUCACCGCUGUCCAGCACGACGAGUCCAUGCAGCAGCCGAUCCCCAGCCCUCCAGCAGAUACGUUUAUCGACCAGGCAACCUUUGACAGAGCCAACCAUGCCCUGAGUCUGCUGGAUCAGCUGCAGGUCUCGAGGCUGGCGUCUCUGAUACGGUUCUGGCUCAAGAAGGGGGUGAACCUGGCGCUGGCGGAGCCCUUCGUUGAGACGUGUGCCGAAGCUGCAGUUGACUGGAGAGAGCUCUCAACUCCUAUUGGGGCUAAUGUUCACGAUGUUGGCGUUGGGAUUGCCCAGAGAGCGAGGGUUUUACUGGAAAAUACUCACAGACCGCUUGUGGUUGACAGACACUCGACUCCAUCCGAUUAUCUGUCGCAGAUGUCGGGGAGGAACUUGCGGUGGGAGAGUCUAGGCAUCUUCCUCGCAGCUGCAAGCCGCGCUGCCCUAGACACCUCUUCCUUUGCUCCACUCUACAACAGCGACGAAGGACGUCGCGGGCUAAUCAAAGCUUUGACCUACAUUGGAGACUGCUGCUUGGAGACAUGCCUUGCCCUGGACUGUCUCAACGAUCUGCAGCUCGUUCUGCAGUAUGAGAAUCUCAUCGUCCACUCGCAGGUUGACGGUGACCAGAGCUACCACUCAUGGCGGCGCAUGGGCGAUGUUGCCAGCUCGCUGUUUGCUCUUGGAUAUCAUGAGAAGAUUGAUCAAGACUCUUACGACAUCCCGCUGUUCGUAGCCGAGCUGCGGAGGUCUUGCUUUGCCCGCAUCUACGCAGCCGACAAGAGCCUCGCCGUAUUUCUUGGACGUCCCCCACGCAUCAUGAAGGAGUUUUGCUAUUUCCAGCUGCCAACCAAGUUUACGAGCCUCUGGAAAGACGACGGCGGCAUAGAGAAGCCGAACAACAGCCCCCUGGACUCUCCCACGAUCACAAGCGCAGACGUUGAAGAGUGUCAUAGUGAACAAGUCUUGAACUACACUUCCGACACGUUUGUCUCUGCGCUUUUUGCGGUCAUUAAGGAAGAGAUACUCCAGCUUUUUCGCAAGCGCCAUGUUUCCAGCGAGACUGGCAUCAUCAACCUUAAAGAUUGCCCGCUUGGGCCUUUUGCACGAGAUUUCCUAGCCGGAGCUCGUCUUGAAUACCUCCAUACGCACUUUCUCCUUGGUUUCCUGUCCCAGCGCAAAGUGGCCGAACCUGAUGAAGCAUUGUUGAGGACUGCGUGCGAAAUGCUCUCCAUUGUGGUGGAGACCAUUAUCUUGCGGGAUCGAAUGGCAAAUUCGGGGACGUGUCUCAUUUGGAAGGUGGCUCAGUAUGGACUACCAGCCGCGGGGAUCAUCUCCCUGGCCCUCCUCAACUCGACAGCCCCCGACUCGCGUCAGUUCUCUCGAUCCAAGAUGAUUCAAGCCUUAAGCGUCCUCGUCGCAGAAAUCACUAUCGGAUCAUGGAUCCAGCCCGGCGAGCCGAACUUUGCGCUCUUCUCACAGGCAACGAGGACGAUUCAGAGCUUACUUGACUCGCUCACAGCGUUGAAGGUGCCCUCGGGGGCCAACGAUUCACAACAGCUGCUCAGUACUGACCCUGCUGAUAAUUGGGAUCCGUACAUCAAUUCGCAGUCUUGGGAGCUCGAGAUGGACUUUUGGGCUAGUUUGGCCGAGCAUCCCACCUUGGUAAAUUGA